AUGGAUCUUAUCACUCAACACCGAAUAAAGAAGGAGGUGGAAGACUUUAUUGCCUCUAUAGAUCAAUCUGCUGUCUGUGAACUAGCAACAUCAUUCCACCCAGGGAAGAAGCGCUGUCGCAUCUUUGAUGACGUGAAGAAAGGCGGGUUCAAUGUCUGCUUUCCGGUUGAAUUUACAGAAGAAGACAACAAUACACCGGGUGAACGAUGGAUGGUUCGAAUUCCAAUUCUGCCCCGCUUGGCUUUUCCAGAGGAAAAACUGCGCGGUGAAAUUGCUACAAUGAAAUUCCUCUGUGAAAGAACAGCAAUACCUCUCCCGCGCUUACAUGGAUAUUCAAUCACACAUGACAACCCACUGGGCCUCCCGUUUAUGCUGCUGGGUUAUGUUGAAGGAAAGUCACUCUUCAACUUGGAAGUUCAUAACCUUCCAGCCCCAAAGAUGCAAAAAUUGUUUGGCAACCUUGGUGAGAUCUAUCUCCAGCUUUUUCAGCACAAAUUUGACCGAAUUGGCGCUCUUACAUUGGAUGAGAGAGAUGAAAAUUGGAUUUUUGAUCACAAUCGACCACUUUCUGUGUUAAUGAACGACCAGACCCUAGCAGGAAUUAAGCCGUCCUGCUUGACCGGCCCCAAUCAAACUUUUCACUCUACCAUCGACUACAUCUAUACACUCCAUCAGACUCUAUUUGACGACUUUCAUCAGCGGAGAGACAGUGUCGACCAUCAGGCAGAUGCCCGCGCUUACAUCUACAGCCUGCUUGAAGCUCGUCAGUUUUUGAUGAAGUGGGUAAGGCCUGAAUAUAACCAUGGCCCGUUUAUUUUGAUGCAUGGCGAUCUACGGUCCGCCAAUAUAUUGGUUGACGAUGACUUGAAUAUUGUCUCUGUGUUGGAUUGGGAAUGGAGCCACACCAUUCCCAUUCAGAUGUUUGUGCCUCCAUCCUGGCUUGAUGGGCUUGAACUGGUGGGAUCUGCAAAAAUGCCUAGUCGGCUGAUUUAUGAGACUUUUGUGUUCAACUUUGAAAUGGAGACCAGGCGACGCGAAAAAAAAUAUCAUCCUGAAUGCCGAUACCUCGAUCAACUCCCGCUGGCAGGGAUUUGGAGGGAAACCCUCAGGACUCCAGACCUUUUUAUUGCACACGGACUGUUGCAACCACUUUAUUUUGGGAAUAUAUACUGGUCUGUUCUCGAAUAUCAGCAUUAUGGGGACGAGAGAAUUCAUUAUCAGAGAAGAAUGGAUGACUUCUUUGGCUUAGAGAUACAUAAGCCUGAACUAGAAGCAGUGCAGAAAAAACUUCAAGAGCUUGAGUUAUUUAAUGAGGAGUGUGAGAAAUUCCACAUUGAAAAAGAAACACACAGCAUUGAAAAGAGUGAUAGCAAGCCUGCAAAUAAUCUGGAGAAACCAAGCAACCACAUAUCACCACCAUUGCACCAGCGAAAAAUCAGUCUCCAGGGCUUCGCACAAUGUCUGUCUCUUUCAGAAAGUCUUGUAUACUGGCCAUUAAUCGGGGCCACAUUCAUCGCAGCCUGCACCCUUGUUGUGUUUCCUCGAAGAAAGUGAUCGGAAUUCCACUAUUGCCGGUUUUUGUCAGGGCUGGGAAAGGAGUUCAAUGGAGGAUUGAAUGGUGAAGAUUCUGUUGUUGAUAUUGACUAGCUCCGUCUCAUAUUGGGCUAUCUCUUGGUCAAGAGUGAGGCCAACUUGCGCGGUUGAUCGAGCAUCGAAGGCCUUCCGAGCACUUGUCGUGAGCUGUUCUAGCUCCUGAUGCCGGUGCCGAAGGGAGUUUAUGAAACUGAUUAAUUCGUUUUGGCGUAAGUGAAGUUCCUCGAGUUCCCUCUUCUUCGCCUCCAGCUCAGCAAUGAUGCCUUGACGCAAGGUUGGCUGCGUGUUCCCGGACAUGUUGGAAUACUUAAUAUCGCCGUAUAGUGGAAUGUUUUGUGACAUGGAGAAAGGGACAAUCAUAUAUUAUGUAUGAUUAUCACUCAGAAAUUUCAGAAGUCGGUGGGUGAAGAAGGGGGAUUUCUAUUCAAAGGGCCAUGGCACUCGAGUCUUGUUGGGUGACUGCUUUUCUCGCUUUACCCCGCACCAACUGGGCAACUAUCAUUCCUGCAUGCAUGACUGAGUAGAAAUCAGAACUUUUGACUGGAGCUGGCCAUGGA